AUGGGCGACUUUUUAGCAGCUAAUAAUGUUUGCGGACAAAAUUUGCUACGGCUGGUGUCUCGUGGAAAUGCUAUCAUAGCUGAGCUAAUGCGAUUGAAAGAUUAUGUACCACCGGUCUUCAGCUUGGAUUCGAAGCAAUUGAUACAAAAGUAUGGAUCAAUUAUAAUCGAUUUUGCAUACUUCAAGGCAGCCAGCAUUUAUGAGCAAAAGAUAGAAGAUGAUCCGACGCUCCAAGAAACUGAUGAGGAACUUCGCAAUAAUUUUUCAGACAUACUCACAAGAUUUUAUUUGGCUUUUGAGAGUAUACAUAAAUACAUUACAGAUUUGAAUUUUUACAUUGAUGAGUUAGGAGAUGGAGUUUAUAUACAUCAAUCAGUAGAUUCUAUUAUGUUCAACGAGGAAGGGAAACAGUUAAUGUGCGAAGCUGUAUAUUUGUAUGGUGUCAUGCUGUUGCUGGUCGAUUAUCAUUUUGAAGGCCGAAUACGUGAAAGAUUACUUGUAGCCUACUAUCGAUACAAUGCUCAACGGUCUUCUUCAACAAGAGUGGAUGAUGUUUGUAUGCUACUCCGUUCAACAGGAUAUGUAAGGACGUUAUUUAAAAGGCCAGCUAAUUAUCCGGAAGAAUAUUUCAAGAGAGUACCUUUGCGCGAUUUUUUGAUAGAUCUGGUUAUUGGUCGAUUACGUUCGGAUGAGAUUUAUAAUCAGACUUUAGCUUUUCCACAUCCAGAGCAUCGUAGUACUGCUGUGGCUACACAAGCAUCAAUGCUAGUAAUAAUUUUAUCUUUUAAAUCGACAGUGCUUCAUAUACAAACUGCGAUUAUGAGAGAAAUAGUAGAUAGAUUUUUUCCUGAUAACUGGGUAAUUAGUAUUUAUAUGGGAACAGUUAUUAAUCUGUGCGAUUGGUGGUCACCAUAUAAAGCUGCGCGAACAGCAUUGAAUAAUACUCUUGAGAAUUCAAAUGUGAAAGGAAUUGCGCAGAAAUAUGGAGCAAAAAUGGAUAAAUUGAUACAAGAGACUGAAGAAGUGCAAUUAGCAGGUACACUAGAUGAAAAUGCAACGGGUUCUUUGGUCAAAUUAGUAAGGGAAUGCAAUGUUAUUUUGCAUUGGAUUCUUCUACACACUACUAUGCCUACCAUAGUGCUAGAGGAUUCAAAACGUUCACGUACUCUACGACAAUUAGUUAUAAUGGAAAGCAAAUAUACCACACAAAAAUGUCUUCGUUUAUUACUAAGCACUGCUCAAAUUGAACAGGAUGUUAAACAAAUGUAUAAAGAUCUCUUGCUCGGAAAAGAGACCAAGUGGCUAAAAGAUAAAGGGAUUUGCGUCGAACGCAUAACUGAUCUUGCACAAAUUUUUGGUGGCGCUAAACCUUUAGAUGGCAUCGAUAAAAAUCAAGAUCUUUAUACAUGGUUCAUGGAAAUAAGCAAACAUAUUGAUUCAUUAAAGCAAGAAGAUGGGCGGAAAAUAGUACAAUUAGUGCAGGCAUUGGAACAAGUUCAGGAAUUUCAUCAACUAGAAAAUAAUCUACACAUUUCGCAAUAUCUGGCUGACACACGUGAGACUUUACAUAAUAUGUUGCGUACAGGUAGUAUAUCUGAAGAUGUCAUGAUAAGUUUAAAUAUUGUAACCGAUUGUUGUUACGCGUGGAAUAUUAUGGAAUCUUUUAUUGACGUGAUGCAAGAGAGUAUAAAGGGAAAUCCACCGACUGUCAUCAAACUAAAAGCUCUUUUUCUUAAAAUGGCAUCUGCAUUGGAAACUCCAUUGCUUAGAGUAAAUCAAGCACGAAGCGCGGAUUUGUCCUCCGUAUCGCAAUAUUAUAGCAGAGAACUGGAAGGAUAUGCGAGACGCGUUUUGCAAAUUAUUCCCGAAACUGUAUUUGGUUUGUUGGCAGAAAUAGUGCAUCUUGAAACGAAUUCAUUUAAAGAAAUCCCGACUAAAUUACCAAAAGAUAAACUUAAAGAUUAUGCACAAUUGACUGAGAGAUUGCAGAUGGCAAAAUUAACAUAUGCUGUAUCAGUUUUUACAAAGGGCGUUUUGUCACUGAGAAGUGUAUCUUUAGGAGUUUUAAGAGUUGAUUCGCAUCGUCUCUUAGAAGAUGGUAUACGUCAGGAACUUGUCAAGAAAGUUACUUCAGCUUUACAGAAUGGUCUCAAUUUCGAUCAGAAAUCCAAGACGUCUCUUCUGCAAAAACUAAAUAAUUUAUCCUCAAUUAUGGAUGGAUACAGAAAAUCUUUCCAAUAUAUUCAGGAUUACAUUAACAUAAACAGUUUGAAGAUAUGGCACGAAGAAAUUACGUAUAUUAUAAACAAUGCGGUGGAAGAAGAGCGCAGGGGAUUUUCCUGGGUACCAGGAAAAUCUUGGAGGCAGUUUCAAGAAGAUAAACAUGCAUUUCCAACAGAUAAUAACUCUUUGACAUUCAUGGGUAGACUUGCCAGAGAACUUAUCCGUAUUACUGAUCCUCGAACUACAGUAUACAUAGAACAUACUCUAGCAUGGUAUGAUGUUAAAACGCAAAAUGAAGUCUUGAAUUACAAAGUCUUUUCCGUGAUAUUAGAAACAAUAAGCACACCAGGUUUGGCGGGAUUGGACAAACUAAUCUCUUUUUUCAUUGUUAUCGAACUUGAAGCUUUAGUUCAUUAUAUAGAAAAAGGGAUACGAAAUAAAAUGUGGAUGUCAUUGUUAGAAGAUUGUGAGACCACUUUAAAUUCUUUAGACAGUGCUAAAGGUAACAUUACGAAGCUUCACAAUUCUAUAAGCGCUAGUAGCAGUAAAUUGUGGUUGUCGGCACUCGAGUGGACAUUGAAAAUAGGUCACUAUCAAUUACUUAGAAAGAAGAUAGCAUAUGAGCUAAACACGGCAUGCAAAUUUGAGGCGAAACAUAUGGAAGCGGCACUCCGAACGUUGAAUACAGCCAUUUUAUAUGAGAUAUCGAGAAAAGAUAACAGUAAUGAAACCGAACCGGAAAAAAGCGAAUUACUUCACGAACUUAGCGUGCGAUUGGAUUGGGCUGGCAUCAGUGAUCCACAUAAUAAAGUUUACAUCAAGCCACCAAAGAUAGAUAAUAUAGCUCUUAUUAUUUUCUUAUUCACAGUAUCGCAGUUAAAUAAAUUAUAUUAUUGCAAAAAUACAGCAAGUCUGUUAAGCAAGAAAUAUCAAGAUCCCGUUGAUGCUGUGGUAUUUGCCAUAGGAAUACAAACGAUUCUUCGUCAGUUCCAUGUUUCCGUGAUGAAUCGUUAUGUGAAAUAUUUUUGUAUGUACGUCCUAUCGUUUGUUACCAUAGAAAGUAUGAAAGGAGGAAGUGACGCGGAAAUAGAAGGAGCUACCAAUCUCCAUUUUUUGGAACUUUUCGUGAAAUAUUCUGGUAUUCCACGUUCUCUUAUUCUGAAAGAGAUACCUGUUGUAAUUUUAGAUCAUGCCUUAGUCAGAUUGACGAAAUGACGUUGUUUCCAAACCGUGAAAUAAUAUUACGCAUAUUGUAAAUGAUUAUAUAUAUUAUUAUAUUCCUACAUUAUAAAGACAUAUAUAUAUAUUUUGUAUAAAUAAAAGAGACAAGA